AGCAGCAACAGCAGCAACAGCAACAAUCACAACAACCGGCAUCGACAAACCAGAUGGUCCAGGGGAUGGGACCGUUUCCGGGCACACCCGGUUUCCCGCCGGGCGCAGCACAAACCGUUAGCACAGACAGCCUGUCGGUGCAGGUUGUCAAAGGGGCGACGGGUGCCGGCGGAGGAGGUAGUGCUGGUGGUGGCGGCGGAGGAGGAGGUGGAGGCGGUGGGGUGGCAUUGGAUCAGCAUUCGCUCAGCACGCUCAAGCAGCAGCAGGAGCAUCUCACGCAGCAUAACGCAGCCGUAGCUGCUGCCGCAGCCGCCGCAGCUCAGAUUAAUGCCGCCGCCUCGACGCAAUCGUUGCGGAAUCCUGUGAGUCAAUUCAGCCCAUCGUCAGUGUUGGGUGCCCCGCCAGCAACGUCAAUAGCGGUGUCACUGCCACUGUCCCUCCCGUCGACCAUGGUGAGUGGGGCCGGGGCCGGUAAUAGUGUCGGAGCCGCCGCAGGAAUGGCCGCUGCCGCAGCUGCAGCCGCUGCCGCGCUAACCGCCAACGGUGGCUCACCAGGCGUCUCCACCGCUGUUCCCGGCGGUAACGGAGGAGCACCGGCAGGGACACUGAACGGCGCCAGCAAUGGUGGCGCUGCCGGCGUCAACGGUAGUCCACUCGGAGCUGCCGCCAACGGUGCCGUUGCACUUUCGAACGGGAUUGAUCAACAGACUGUUAGCAUGUCCGAUUUAAUACACCAAUCGGAACAGGAAGCAUCCAACAAUGUAUCAAGUGCCAACACAUCAGACGUUGCUUCGUCGGUUUUGAGUAGCGUCAGCAGCAAUAGCAACAACGUCAGCAACCCGAAUAACGCAGCUGUCUCGGCGGCCAUUGCGGCGGCAGUCAAUUCAAUAAGCAGCAACACCACCAACAACAACGCCAGCAUCACGAGCAAUAGCAACAGCACCGUCAACGGCAGUAGUAGCAGCAGUAACGUGAGCAACCUGGUCGUGACGGCAGCGGGACCGAUCGGUGCGGGUACGACCACGGUUGUUUCGGCCAUUCCUCCCACCAUGACCUCGUCCGCCGUGGCUCUCGCUCAACAGCAUCACCAGCAGACGACUCUGAUACAAGCGCAGCUACAGCAGCAGCAGCAGCAACAGCAGCAACAGCAACUCAAUGGCCAACAGACAACCCAGCAGCAGGUGGUAGUGAGCAGUCAGCAGCAACAACAGCAGUCCCAAAGCGUGGCAGCGGCCGUAGCUGCUUUGACCGAUUCCAAAUCCCAACCAAAGCGACUGCAUGUGUCAAACAUACCUUUUCGCUUCCGCGAUCCGGAUCUUCGAUCCAUGUUUGGGCAAUUCGGUUCCAUACUAGAUGUAGAGAUUAUCUUUAAUGAACGAGGCAGCAAGGGAUUCGGUUUUGUAACAUUCGCUAAUAGUAGCGAUGCGGAGCGAGCACGCGAACGUCUUCACGGCACUGUGGUUGAGGGACGCAAGAUUGAGGUCAAUAAUGCAACCGCACGAGUUCAAAGUAAAAAAGCUCCUGCUGUAUCAAGCGUGUUUCUGACGAAACAAGGCGCCGUCUCGGCCCCAUCACUGGCAGCCGUGUGUGUCCCUUGGCCAGAAGGUCUACCAUCGCAUGCGACACUCCUGCAUCAUCCAGCACUCGCACAGCAUCAUCCGCACCAUGCACUGCCUCUGGCUCACCAACAGCAGCAGCGACAUCCGCUUCCGAUCCACCUAGCACAUGGCCGCCAAGGCCCGCAUCCGAUAGCAUCAGUGCUGGCCGGAUUGGCUAGAAAUGUCGCGCCGUCUGCGACGAGACAUCCUGCCCUCGCAGGACUUACCGGUUUAGCGAAUCCGGGUGGAACCGCUGUUACGGUGGCUUCAAACGGUACCGCCAACAGUGCCGGAUCGGCUUCUGCUGCUGGUGGUGGUGGUGCAGGUGGAAACCUGCCUGGAUCGAACCCAUCCGCUCUGCUCUCAGGUCAUCCUCAGGCCGGCCAGUUCGCUUCUCCCUCGUCGAUUGCACUGAAUGGGCACGCGGGCUACCCAUCUGUUUACUUCGAUCCCUAUCUAGCGGCAGCGGCAGCCACAGCAGCGGAUCCCAACUAUCGCCUGCAGGCCGCUAAACCAGUGACGGAGGUUCAGGCACAGCCUACCAUUUUGAACGCUGCAGCACCACUGUUGAAAACUCCACUUUCCCAGGCUCAAGCCCAGGCUCAGGCGUACUCGGCCGCCAGCUACACGGCCGCCGCAGCAAGGGCCGCUUAUGGAGCGGCGGCUGCAGCAGCACAACCGGCCGUCGCAGGAUACACCACCGUUGCAGGAUACGGACGAGCGGAGUAUGCUGACCCGUACCUUGGCCACGGUAUCGGACCCGUACCCGGCUAUGGGGCGACCAUGUACCGUGGAGGAUACAAUCGAUUUGCGCCGUACUAA